AUGAGAAGUUCGGCAUUAGUCAUAUGUAUACUAGUGUUGGGAAGUGCCCUGUCUGCUGAAUUGGAUUUGGGUACAUCCUUAUUAUCUAUGGAUUUAUCUGAUGUGGCCCUUCUGGAUACUACAUCGAUGAGUUGUUCCACACCCCAGAACGAAUUUGAGAGAGUCUCUGCUUAAAUGGCAGCUUGGGCUGAUAUUGUUCAACAUAAGGAUUCCUUACAUCGAGAUAUCGAUAGAUUAGAGACCAUCAAAGAACUCAUACAAAAGAGAAAGUUCAAAUCAUUAGAGAAGUAGUUGAAUAAAUUGGAAUUGCCAAAGACAGAAAGCAAAAUCGGAGAACCUAUUUUGGCAGAGUUCAGACAGAAGCUCUAAGGAUUGAGCAACCCAGAAACUGCUGAUGAAUGUGAAGCUACUUUACUCAAAUUAUGCAUCUAUCUUCUCAAAUAAUUUAACAGUUGCAGAUAACAAUGCCAAUCUAGCCCUGUGACAGUCAUUAAAAUCAAAGGAAAGAUUAAGGACUUGCAAGUUGUCUAAUAAGGAUGCGGAUAACCUGCCCCAUGUGAAGACGAGCCAGGAGUACCUGACGAACCUGUUCCUGAAGUUCCAGAGGUUCCAGAAGAGAAAGGUCCAGAAGAAAAGGAAGUUCCACCUGAAGUUGAACCACAACCACCUACUCCACCUGGAGAAGAAGAAAAGCCAGAAAUCCCUGAUGAAAAGGGUCCUGAAGAAAAGGAUAUUCCACCUGAAGUUGAACCACUACCACCUGCCCCACCUGGAGAAGAAGAUAAACCAGAAAUUCCAGAUGAAAAAGGCCCUGAAGAGAAGGAAGUUCCACCCGAAGUUGAACCAUUACCACCUGCCCCACCAGGAGAAGAAGGAAAGCCAGAGAUUCCUGAUGAAAAAGGCCCUGAAGAGUAAGAUGUUCCUCCUGAAGUUGAACCAUAACCACCUGCUCCACCAGGGGAAGAACAAAAACCAGAAAUCCCUGAUGAAAAGGGUCCAGAGGAAAAACAUGAAGAAGGUGAACCUCCUGUUGAACCACCUGUUGAACCAAGUCCUGAAGAGAGUCCUGAAGAAGAAGGAGAGAUCCCUGAUGAACCACCUGUCAAUCCAAAUCAUGAAGAAUCACCUGAAGAAUCAACAGAAGAAUGGGUUGAAGAAAUUGAAGAGGAAUUUGAAGAAUUUGAAAACCCACCUAUUGUUGCUCCUCCUAUUGAACCACCCAGUGCUGUUGAAAAGGCUUGUUUGAAUUCACCACUCCAUUAGUCAAUAAAUAAUUGGAAGGUGACGAUUUAAAUGGCUUUAAGCUUAUCCAACAUUCUUGGUUCAUGGAAGAUAAUCUGA